ACGUAAGGAUAGAGCAGAGACAAGUAGUGCUUCAAUAAUGGCGACGAAGGCGACAGAGAAAUCUGUAAUUGUGGUGGGAAUCGACGAUAGCGAGCAUAGCUUCUACGCUCUCCACUGGGCUCUCGAUCACUUCUUCGUCCCCUUUGCUUCCAAUCCUCCUUUUAAGCUUGUUGUCGUUCGCGCAAUUUUCUCUCCUCCUUCCGUUGUCGGAUUUCCUGGACUUGGUGGAGCUGCCGAAGUUUUGCCCUUCGUGGAGACAAAUUUCAAGACGAUAGCAGCUGAAGUUGUAGAGAAGGCGAGGGAGACCUGCAGAAAUAAAUUGGUGCAUGAUGUGGUAGUGGAAGUGGUGGAAGGAGAUGCUAGGAAUGUCCUCUGUGAGGCCGUGGAGAAACACCACGCAUCCAUAUUGGUGGUGGGCAGUCAUGGUUAUGGAGCUAUAAAAAGGGCUGUUUUGGGCAGUGUAAGUGACUACUGUGCUCACCAUGCUCACUGUUCUGUGAUGAUUGUGAAAAGGCCCAAGAUCAAGCAUUAAGCUCUCCAGAUGAGUGAAUAAAUCUGUGCAUAUACAUU